AUGUCUGUCGAACUCGACCCCGUAGAACUUGGUUUCAAACGCCCCUUCCAGCAAGAGGUGUCGCAGACCCUCCGACUCAAGAACCCUCACUCCGACCCGGUCGCAUUCAAGGUUAAAACUACCGCUCCCAAACAGUACUGCGUGCGACCAAACAGUGGACGCAUUGAGCCUGGGCGAGAUGUCGAAGUUCAGAUUCUCCUGCAGGCAAUGAAGGAAGACCCACUGCCAGAUGCCAAGUGUCGCGACAAGUUUCUCGUUCAGUCCGUGCUUGUCACCGCCGACAAAGAGUUCACCAACGUUGGAUCUCUGUGGGCACACAUCGAACAGACCGCGAAGUCGUCUAUCCAGGAGAAGAAGAUUAGAGUUCUCUUCCUGCCCGCCGAUUCCGACUCCACACCUGCGAGGACAAAUGGCGUCAGCCGUGACUCGCUGCUGUCGUCCCCUCAGUCAGAAGCUGCCGCGACCCCCGUACGAGGCUCUACAGAGCAGCCUCAGGGCCCUGUUUCCCGCUCUGAAGAUCGCCCGGCCAGCAGCAAGCACCUGGGAGAGAUUGAGCGCGAGACGUACGCUCCCGCCUCGAGCACUAGCGCGGGUAUCCAGCAGUCUGUAGCCGCAGCUGCCGCCAGCGUAUCGAACGCACUCCCUACAUCAACGGCCGAACUCCAGGCCCAGCUGGAUGCAGCCAAGCAGCAGAUCGCACGAUUGACACAGCAGGCUAGUGAGGGUCUCCGCCAGCGAAAGCCAGACACCACAAGCGGUGCCAAGGGUCAGUCUGUGACGGCCACCCAGCAAACAGCUCCUGCGGGUGGUGUCUCCGUCCAGAUCACAGCGCUGCUGUGUCUCGUGAGCUUCCUCAUCGCCUACUUCUUGUUCUAA